AUGCCUCGACGAAUCAUAAGCGACAAUGGAACUCAAUUCAUCAGUGGAAUCAUGCAGCAAGUUACCCACUGUUUUGGUAUCCAACAGUGCUUCACACCAGUCUACCAUCCAGAAGCCAAUCCAGUGGAACGAAAAAACCGAGACAUGAAAGCGCAAUUAGGCAUCUACGUUGGAACAGACCACACGAACUGGGACGACAAGCUGCCGACCAUCAGAUUUGCCAUCAAUACCUCCAGAUGUGGAACCACGGGAUACUCAGCAGCUUAUCUCACAUUCGGAAGAGAGCUGAGGACACCGGACGACACUAACCGUGAUCUAAGGGCUAUAAUCCAAGCAGAAAACUUUUUACCCGAAAUAACACCGAUAUUGCUAACACUUGCUGACACGAUGCAGAUGGCACAGGAAAAUCAAGAAGGAGCACAGGACCAGAGAAAGGCAUACGCAGAUAAACAUCGACGACCAAACCCUGGAUACCAGAAAGGCGAUUUAGUUUGGGCCAACACCCAUCCCGUCAGCCGACGAGAACAACGAUUCACCUCCAAGCUUGCACCGAAAAGAGAUGGGCCUUACGUCAUCAAACGCCAAGUUGGAUCCAAUAGCUACAAAAUCCAGAGCCGAGAUCCAGAGCCAGUUUCUCUUGGAGUAUACCAUGCAUCCGCUUUAACAACCUACGUCGGCGGACCAUCAGAGGCACCAGUUCCAGUCGCAACGAUCCGCAGGCGCGGACGCCCUCGCAAGGUCCACUCAACCGAGCAUACACGAAAGACGGAGGAAGUGACCCCGCCGAGGCUCGAACAGAUGCUGAACCACUCGUCGAGACGACUUCGAGUUCAGAGGGGGAGACUGUAA